AUGGAGGGAAGAGGCAGAAGAGAGGAGGAUCGAGAUGAGAUCGUAGACUUGUCGGCUCCAACAACUUUAAGUUCAUUGCAAAUUGAUGAAAGCAAUGGCAACAUUGGUCUCACCAUUGAAAUCAUGUCACAAGCUCAUCUCCGAAACAGGAGCUCCCAGAUUGAUAUUGUGGAUGCUGUUUCAACUCUAAAUAAAGAGACCCCUUUGCCUAUUUACCUCAAGUUUGCUGAUGUGGAGUACAAGGUGAAACUUAGCAGGGCUUCUUCCAACAUAAAUCCAGUCAAGACAGUAGUGUCAAAAGUAGUGUCUCAACUGAAUUUGGAUCAAGCUAAUUACAAGCAGAUACUUAAGGGCAUCACAGGAAGUGUUGGCCCUGGUGAGAUACUGGCCUUAAUGGGGCCUUCCGGAAGUGGAAAGACAACGCUGUUAAAGGUGAUUGGCGGAAGAUUGCACGAAAAUGUUAAAGGAUCUGUCACUUACAAUGAUAUUCAAUUUAGUCCAGCCCUUAAGAAGAGGAUUGGUUUUGUGACGCAAGAUGAUGUGCUUUUCCCACAACUAACUGUGGAGGAAACCUUAGUUUUUUCUGCUUUCUUAAGGCUUCCAAGCAGCAUGACCAAGAAUCAGAAGCACGAAAGAGUGUCUAUGAUCAUUAAGGAAUUAGGACUUGAAAGGUGUCGCCACACACGAAUAGGCGGAGGCUUUGUAAAGGGCAUAUCAGGAGGAGAAAGAAAAAGAACCAGCAUAGGCUAUGAAAUACUUGUUGAUCCCUCGCUUUUGUUGCUUGAUGAACCUACAUCUGGACUCGAUUCCACCUCGGCCAACAGGAUCCUUCAGAUUCUUCAAGAACUUGCAAAGGGAGGGAGAACAAUUAUUACAACCAUCCACCAGCCUUCAAGCAGGAUAUUUCACAUGUUUGAUAAGGUUCUAUUAAUAGCAGAAGGAUUUCCCAUCUACUACGGGAAAGCUCAAGAAUCCUCGCAGUAUUUUUCAUCCUUGAGAUUCUUCCCCGAGAUGGCGAUGAAUCCUGCUGAGUUCUUGCUUGAGUUGGCAGCUGGACAAGUUAAUGAUAUCAGCAUUCCUGCAGAGUUAUCUGCAUUACGAGGAACAGCUGACUAUGAAAGGACUGUUGUCAUGAUUGGAUUGUUGUACUACAUCUGUAUCUUCUGGACCUCCUCAUCCUUAUUUGGAGCUGUGUACGUGUUUCCAUUUGAGAAAAUCUUCUUGGUGAAGGAGAGGAAAGCAGAUAUGUACAGAUUAAGUGUGUACUACGUCUGCAGCACAUUAUGCGACAUGGUGGCGCAUGUGUUAUAUCCCUUAUUCUUCAUGGCCAUUCUGUACUUCAUGGCCGGAUUCAAGCGGACAAUUGAAUGCUUCUUCACAACUGUUUCAGCGAUACUCCUAGUAGCUCUGACCAGCCAAGGAGCUGGAGAGCUUUUUGGAGCUGCAGUUAUGAGUAUGAAAAGGGCAGGCAUGGUUGCUUCUUUGCUAUUCAUGUUGUUUCUCCUAACUGGUGGUUACUACAUUCAGCAUAUACCGAAAUUCAUGAGAUGGUUGAAGUACAUGUCUUUCAUGUACCAUGGAUUUAGGCUUCUGAUGAAAGCUCAAUACUCAGGAGAUGAAGUGGAAGAAAUGUUCUCCAUUUAUCCCGUUUCUAAUCAAAUUUGUCUGAUCAAUGAAAGCAAUUUCAUUGAGGUCCUUAACAAUGCAUUAUUUAACAUAUUCUCAAGGGUUGCUAUAAAGUUGAGAGCUUUGCCUCUCUUCCUUAAUCUUUCGGAGAAGAAAGAUUGGAUUUUGAUGGAGCUGGUACCUUACUCUGACCCAAAAUCAGAAUCCAGUUCCUCGAAUCCACCCUGGCAAGAGAUGUUUAGAUCAGCUUCAAUCCGGAAACCAGACCCAUCACCCCAGAAUCAGAACCACCUGCCUUCCUCCUCAGCUUCUACUGCCACAGAAAAUCCCGAUCCAAAUGGUAAUGGUAAUACCAAUUCCUCUUCUUUAUCAGGGGACCCACAGGUACGGUUAGCACUGUAUAUAGCCAUGGCUCAUGCUGGGUUGGCCUUGGGAAUUUUCGUUCUUUAUGCUGUUUGUAAAUUGCUUGAGCAGUAUUUAAGGCCUAUUCUAUGGGCUGUGCUUUGUUCAAUCCCUUUAAGAGGAAUUCAGCAGACCCUUGUUGGAUUUUGGUCUGAACCCCUCAAAUUAGGCCUCACUGAGACUGUUUUGGCUGUCCCAGUGGCCAUUUUCAGGGUUUUUGUUGGAACCCUUGUGGAGAUUAAAGAUUUAAUUUUGAGGGUUGUUUUUAGAAGGAAGAAAGCUAAUGUUGUGAGGAGGGAUAGGAGUGGGUUUUAUAAGUUAUUGAGAGGGUUAGUUUCAUUUUGGGUGUUUAUAAUGGCUUAUGAGCAAAUUGGUGGUUUUGGAUCAAUAGCUUUACUUGCAAUAGGUUUUAUGUUUAGUGCUACUAGCGUAGAGUCUACUAUGAAUGCAGUGACAUCCUUUAGGACUCAUAGCUUCCGCCGAAGCCCAGUAACUGCAUUUUUCACUCGGGGAAUAUUGAGCAGAUUGAAAACCAUCGUGGCUGUUGGUUUGAUUGUGGGGAUGGGUGUAGGUUCUUUGGCGGGCAUGAUUUUUUUCUCUUAUAAAGUGGGUGUAGAGGGGAAAGACGCUGUUAUUGCCUUAAAAUCGCACGUGGAAGAGAGCAAUUAUGCUGAGAAGCUCGGUGUUAAACAAUGGAUGGAAGAAAAUGAUGUGCCAGGAAUGGUGGAUACAUAUAGUACUAAGUUUUAUGAAACUGUGUCUGAUCAAAUUGAUGGAUUGGCAAUGCAGUAUAAUAUGACUCAGUUUGUUGAUGAAUUGAAGCAUUAUUUGAUAAAUCAACCUGUGAACUCUUCUGAGAGAUCCACUGCCUUGACUAGCCCUUCUCCGUAUACUGAGAAAAUCUUGAGUUUGAAAAAGCGGGUUAAAGACCGUGAAUGGGGAUUAAUAUACACAGAGUUGGAUGUAAUCUUUAGAGAAGUGCUGAUUAGCAGAGAAGAUUUAGUUGAGAAGGCAAAGGGGUUUGCCCUACAAGGCCUUGAUGUUAUGCAGCAGGUAUUGAUUAGUAGUAGAUCCGUCAUUGGUGGCAGUGCUAAGCUAAUGUUCACGAUUGGGAAUUCCAUCGUCUCUGGAGCUGCUGGUCUGUUGUAUUUUAUAUCUCAGUCCAUGGUUUUCUUUUGGGUUUUAUACUAUCUCAUCACAUCAGAGUCGGGUGGUGUGACAGAACAAGUAAUGUGCAUGAUUCCCAUGCCACAGUCCGCACGAACUCGAAGUGUGGAGGUUCUUGAUAAAGCUAUUUCAGGGGUCUUACUAGCAACUGCUGAAAUUGCUUUCUUUCAAGGAUGCCUAACUUGGCUAUUAUUCAGAUUCUUUUCUAUACAUUUCUUGUACAUGUCGACUGUCCUGGCCUUUUUCAGCCCUUUGUUCCCAAUUUUUCCAUCGUGGCUUUCAACAAUUCCUGCAGCUGUUCAAUUGUUGCUGGAAGGGAAAUAUAUAAUGGCUAUCACUAUCUCCAUUAUUCAUCUGGUUCUCAUGGAGUACGGUGCAUCUGAGAUUCUAGAGGAUAUCCCUGGCCACAGUGCUUAUCUUACUGGACUUAGCAUCAUCGGUGGAAUGACACUGUUUCCAUCUGCUAUUGAGGGUGCAAUCAUGGGGCCACUGAUAACGACGGUGGUUAUUGCUCUUAAAGAUUUGUAUGUAGAAUUUGUCCUUGAUGAACCAAAGGAGAUUUGA